CUUUUACAUACACAUUUCUAAUCUACAUACAUACAUAAAAUCAUGUCUAUAUCCCUUGCGGGAUAGACAGAGCCUUGAAAACACAGAUAGGCCACGUUCAGCUAUUUGGCUUUAAGAUAGAAUUGAGAUUCACAGGUUGCUAGCCCAUCGCCUAAAAAAGAAUCUCAAGUAUGUAAGCCUAUCCCUUAGUCGCCUUUUACGACAUCCACGGUAAAGAGAUGGAGUGGUCCCAUUCUUUUUUGUAUUGGUGCCGGGAACCAAAUAAUAGUUCCCAAGAAACGAGUCGACAGCUCGGCGCCGGCGCCGGCUUUGUGAUUUGAAAUACUAACUCAACGAUACUAUAGGUAUCUAUACUAUAUUGUUUGUUUGUUUGAAAGAGCUAAUGUCAGGAACUACUGGGUCGAACUGAAAAAUUCAUUUUGCGUUAAAUAGACCAUUUAUCGAGGAAGGUUUCAGGCUAUAUAUCAUCACGCUGCAACUACAAUACUAGGAUAUAAGAUGAACUACAAUAUAAGGAGCCAAGAUAUAAUGAAAUAUGUAAAAAAUAACAGGGAAAAUUAUUCAUUCUUGAGGGCUUCAAUGAUGCCCAAAUGUCUAUUCUACGCGGACGAAGUCGCGGGCACAGCUAGUUUUUAAUAUAAAUACUUAUAUAGAUAAAUAUCCAAGACCCAGGUCAAUCAGAAAAAGUUAGUUUCUCAUCAUGCCAAAAUUCAAAAAUUCUAAAUUUAAAAUUUUUAUUCAUUACUAUAGGAUACUAUAUUAUAUCGCUUAAUAAUUGUCAAAACGUAUGGUUUAACAUAAUUGCAUCAAAUAAAUUACUUAAAAACUAAGUUUACUGCCGCUUCCAAGGCGUCAGUGCAGAAGAAGCGGUAACAAACUGCACUGCAGCAUUUUCUUCAACAACGUAAACUUCACAAUAUUAAUUAAACUUAGAAUAGAAUGGACGAGAGAAUACAUUGUUAAAAAUAUAUAUAUAUAUAUAUUUUAUGGAUUGCCAAUUUUAAAAAGAUUUAUGUACUUACAGAGUGUACUGAAUUUUGAUUUAAGUUCAAAUCAAACUACAAUUAAUUACGAGGUUUCUGUGCCAAGCUCCAGCCAGAUGUUUUUAUCAUUAAGAGACGGAUCGCCUGGCACCUCGGGGAAAAAUGCCUCAGUCCUCUACAAGGAGUGGAUGGCCAAGAAAAAAAAUGUGAAACAAAGGGGCUACAGGCCCCCCCGUUGGCCAGAUGUCCACAUUUCUGCGAGACCUAGUUCUUUCCACCCGAGCCUUAUGGACUACUGUGACCCUGAACGAUGUAAAGACUACAAUAAAGUCGCGUGCGGUCAUAACAGGAAACAAUUCGUGUUCCAAUGGUUUCAGAGCGUCUGCCAUAUUAUUUUAAACAACAAGUGCUCAUAUUACAGAGGGUUAUUAAAGUUCUACCCAGUGAAAGUGGAAUAUUGUAAGGUCUAUGUAAUGUACUCGCUCCGGGAUGGGUGCCCCCAAGAGUGUCCGAAUGUCGAACACCCUGUAUGUGCUGUGCAUAUAGACGACAACACCCCUGUAGUAUUCAAAAGUAGGUGCGAGUUGUACGCUGCAAAUUGCAAGCACAAGUUGCAACAAUACGUGGAGGUAGACAAGUCUGUUUGUUUAAAUGACGCGAAUUUGCUGAUUGAAGCAUUGAGCGAUAUGGCGGAUGAAGAAUUAAAUCAAUACGAUGAUGAAGAUGUGGGAAGUUUCGAAAAUGGUCAGAAAAAAUAUUAUAUCGAUUGAGAAAUGUCAAUAAAUGUUAUGAUGUGUGAUAAUGUGUAUUUAUUGUAAAG